GGGUGAAAUAUGGUGGUCCUGGGGGACGAGACUCCAGAGGUUUGACGAUUAGGAGUCAAGACGGGCUUAGAGCUGAGGGGAAAACCAGAGGCUGUCGAGGAGAGGCCGAAGUCCUCCUGAGAUGGAGUGGAAACUGGAGCGCACCGCCCCGCGGAGGGUCCGGACCGAAGAAGAGAUGCUGUGGGAGAACGUCAUGCGGGUGCUCGCCAAAGACAUGAAGCAGAAGAGAAGACAAGGUUCUUCCAAGGUAUUUGAUGAGGUUAAUCCUACAUAUUCUGACUUUAAGAGCAACUUCCUGAAGAGGCUGUCAGCCGAGGUUCCCGUUGCCAGCAGCCCAGUCACCACAAGAUGGCGGCAAAGCCAAACCAGGGAUUUUGCAGCCUAUUCUUUUGAGGAAGAACCUUCAACCACUGACCUCCCAGAAACUUCCGGAUCCGUGCUGAAGAUAACGCCUGAGGAAGAGACCUUGAUUCUAGGAUCCUACAAAGAACCGCUGAAGGCCCCCAUCAAAGGAAGUUUUGAAACAAGUAACUCUACUCUCCUUUUUUGCAAGGCAUCUCAUGCACUGGACAGAGGCUGGAAGGAAAACAUUGCCUUGAAAGGCCAGAAAUGCCUAAAUCAGCUAUUUUCGACCCAGAAGGUGGCUCACCAGGUUAAUGGGAAAAUGCAGCUCUGUGAGCGAUCCCAAUGUGCUUGGAAAUGCUGCAAAGAUGGAGUCGGAGAUGAAUCCUUCCAUCUUAAAAGGUUCGGUGAUGUAAACUAUUCCAUACUCCAACCAGAGGUGAAGAUUCAUCUUACUGGUCUUCGAAAUGACUACUAUCUGAAUAUCCUAGACUGGAAUUUUCAAAAUCUUGUUGCUAUAGCCCUUGGAUCUUCUGUAUACGUCUGGAAUGGGGAAAACCAUAAUGGGAUUGAACAUAUAGACUUAAGUCUCACUUGUAACUAUGUAUCUUCUGUGUCCUGGGUUAAAGAGGGAACCUGCCUGGCGGUUGGCACCAGCGAGGGAGAAGUGCAAUUAUUGGAUGUGGCAACUAAAAAGCGGCUGAGAAAUAUGCUUGGUCAUUUGUCAGUAGUUGGAGCUCUGAGCUGGAAUCACUGUAUCCUCAGCAGUGGGUCGAGACUGGGCCGUGUGUAUCAUCACGAUGUUCGGGUAGCCCAGCAUCAUGUUGGAACACUUCACCACAAGCAAGCCGUGUGUGCUCUGAAGUGGUCGCUCGAUGGCAGGCUGCUCUCCAGUGGCUGUAGUGACGGACUGCUGACCAUAUGGCCCCGUGAUUCAGGUGUGAGUGCACAGGGUCAACCACUAAAAGUCAUACCCCAACCUACAGCAGUCAAGGCCAUGGAUUGGUGUCCCUGGCAGUCUGCAGUCCUUGCUGUUGGAGGAGGAAUGAAGGAUGGACGCUUACACAUCUUGGACAUAAAUACUGGGCAGAGCAUCCAGACCCCAAGCACAAACUCACAGAUUUGUUCCCUAAUCUGGCUACCUAAGACAAGAGAGAUUGCAACUGGCCAAGGUACUCCUGAGAAUGAUGUGACUGUGUGGGCCUGUCCUGCUCUGGCUAGGUCGGGUGGAUUUUUUGGCCACAGAGGCAGAGUGCUGCACUUGGCUUUGAGUCCGGACCAGACCCGAGUGUUUUCUGCUGCAGCUGAUGGCACAGCCCGUGUAUGGAAUUGCUGCUAGCUGCUCUCCCCUCUAAGCUUCAGUUUCCUCAUUUCUAAGUAGGAAUAAUGGUACUGGCCUUGCCUUCUCCAGGGAGUUGUUGUGAGGGUCAAGCAAGAUGAAGUGCUUUUCCCCAUGUGGAUUCCUGUCCUCCCGACCUUCUUUCUCAGGUUACUUUAUUUGCUCUGCUUCCUCCCAUUGCAUUUCCCAGACGUUGUCUUUGACCCUCCAUUCUUCUCUCUCUCCU